CCCAAUUACAAAAUUUCCGUUAUUUAUAUAUAUACAUACCUAUAUAUAUAUUUUGUCAACUUAAUUUAUUUAAAGAUGUCUCAUUCAAUCGCUGGUGAGAAUAUUCAGUUAUAUAGACCAAAUGAAGACAACUUUGACGUCGACAACUUUUUGAGGGUUCUACAAAAUCGAAGACCGGACUUAGUAGCCCAUAUAAAUGCGUUGAAUAAUAUAAGAGUAACGCAAGGGGAGUUAUGGGAAAAUGAGAAUAGAGCAAAUCUCAUAAACAACGUGUUCUUACCUAUUCCGCAUAGACGAAACCCUAACAAACUAAGACAACGCAUUCAAGCGAUUCAAAAUUUUGUACAAAAAGUGGUUAAAAAAACUAAUUUUAAAUACAUUGCGGUUAUAGGAAGUACUAUUGGAAUUUUGAUGUUUACUGCAUACAGAAACAAAACCCCACAAAUUAGACAUUAGUGGCUUGUAUCUGCAAUUGCAAUUUUUUAAAAGAUUUUUUAAUCUGUUGUCUAUUAAACUUUGUGUUGAAAAGAAGCAGCAAAAAAACAUUUCUGAUAUAGAUAAAGACAGAUAUAGUAUACACAGUAUUCUAUACUAGAUGUAGAAGCAUUUUUUAUCGCACCUGCUACAUGAUAUGACGGGACCUGAUUUUUCAAGACGAUGACAAUAUCGGAUAUGGGAAUACAAAAAAUUUAAUUCUAUCAAUUUUAAAAGUUGACAAAUCAACAAAAAUGGAACAUUUAAACAAGUCUUUACAUACUCAAUUGAUGAAAUGAAAUGAAAGAUCUGUAAACCACUCAAAACGCUCUCGAAGCAUGUAACGGCUGUGAAAUUUCUUUCACUCUUACUCUAAACGAUAUUUUAUACUAACUUUCGGUUUAUUGAGGCACAAACUAAUUGGAUU